AUGAACGAAAUUUUAGAUGUGUUAGAAAGUUUGAAUUAUGACGAUGGGAUACAAGGUGCCGAUGUGUUUAUCGAACCUACCGGCGAUGGCAGGGUGUCAGACGCCGAUUUUUGUGAGGAAGAAGAUAUUUACUUCCAUGAUUUAUCUCGUCGACAGUUACUUGCACUUGCAAGUGUUACUAUGAGGCGUCCGUUGGAUGAGGAAAGCGUUCUUAGCGAGGGUGAGGAACCCGUUAUUACAGAAACAGCGACACUGGAACAAGACAGUCGUGGAAUGCUACGCGGAAAAGGAAGUGGAAGCAAACGCGGAAGGGCUCGCAGAAGAUCGCGUGGUAGAGGCCCUAGAAUAGGACGAGGAAGAGGUGGAGCAUCGCUUGAUUGUGGUGAAGCUAUGGCAAACGAAGUUGUGGAAUCCGUUUAUUCAUCACCGGCAUCACUUGAACAAAAGAAUCGCAGAAGGGCACGCGGAAGAGGGCGAGGAACAGCUACUCAACAUCAAGUGGGUAGGCGCACGUGGGUAAAGAGAGAUCUUCCCGUAAAUAAUCGUGAGUGGAUCAGACCCCUUCCCAGGUCUGUUACAACUUUAUCGAAAAAUUCUGACCCUAUUAAAUUUUUGAGCUGUUUUUUGAUCGAGAAGUUAUUGUCCAUUUAG